UAUUUUACUUUGAAUACCCUGGACUCAGCCACUCUGUUUAAAUUUGCAGUGCAGAAGUUGGACUGUCUUUCCCCAGUGAAUAACUGCUACCUCUUACUCUCCUGGGCUUCUUAAGUGAGGUGAGGCUGACAAAGAAGCAGAAAUGGAUGUGUUUGGUGGUGCACCACGUUUUUUGGCCUAUCCAAGACCUGUGAUGGUACAAAGCGGAACUGAUGCAGUCCUAAAGUGUCAAAUUGGCGGGGAUCCAAGACCUGCAGUUAUCUGGGAGCGAAACAAUGAAAAGAUCGACCCACAGGGACGAUAUAGGGUGUUUGAGGAUGGAAAUGUUUACAAUCUGAUCAUUUCAGCUGUGACCACAGAGGAUAGUGGCCAGUACAUAUGCAAAGCAAAGAACAGCAUUGGGGAAACAUAUGCAGCAGCAACACUGAAGGUGGAAGGUGAGGCACAAGAAAUGGAGUUACGAGAGGAAAAUAAGCCACGAUUCCUCAUCAAGCCCCUCUCCACUCGCGUUGGCCGUGGGGAAGAUGCUGUCUUCUCUUGUAAGCUCUGGGGAAACCCACGACCAGAGGUUGUCUGGGAAAAGGAUGGCAGGAAACUCAAUGAAAUAUUUGAAAGCACACAUUUCAGCGUUGGCUACCAGGACGGUGGAUGGUUCCAGCUCAAGAUUUUUAAGACUCGUGCGCCAGAUGGUGGUGUAUAUACAUGCAAAGCCAGGAAUGAGUUCGGGGAAGCAUUGGCAGGAGCAGUGUUGCUCGUUGAUGCAGGCCCAGGACAUGAGGAAGAAGGAAAUCGUAAUGGCUACACAAAUGGUCACUGGAAAGCCCAACAGGGAAAACAGAGGACCGGAAGGCAAGUGCAAAACCGGCUCAAAGACGACACCAUGACCAAGUCAACGAAAGUGAAAAUGUUUGCCGUGACAGAGGGUAAACAUGCCAAAUUCCGCUGCUUUGUGACUGGGAAACCCAAACCAGAAAUAAUUUGGAGGAAAGAUGGCAGGCUGAUACUGUCCGGAAGGCGUUAUUUGUUAUAUGAGGACAGAGAAGGAUACUUCACACUUAAAGUUCUGUACUGUAAGCAGAAGGAUAACGGAGUUUAUGUUUGUGCUGCGUCAAAUACUGCAGGGCAAACCCUCAGUGCCGUACACCUCUCCGUAAAAGAGCCGCCUGUGCGGUUCAAGCAGCCUCUUAUUGAUCUAGAAGUAUGGGAACGAGAUUUGGCUGUUCUCGAGUGUGAAGUUCCAGAGGACUCUGUUCCCAUCACAUGGUAUCUGGAGGAUAGACGAUUGCAGCCAGGGGCCAAAUAUGGAAUGGAGGAGUGGGGAACAAAACGGCGACUAACUAUCCGUGACAUUGGAGUUGACGAUGAUGGGAUUUACCUCUGCGAGAUGCCCGAUGGGGGGAGAAGCAUUGCAGAGGUAGCUGUGAAAGGGACAAUUUUGCGGAAGCUUCCAAGAAAAGUGGAUGUAUUGGAAGGUGAAAAUGCUGCCUUUUGUGUUGAAGUGGAAAAAGAGGAAAUGGACAUACAUUGGUACAAAGAUGGCAUAGAGCUGCGUGAAACCCAUCAGACCAUCCUAAAGUCCUUUGGGAGAACUCACAUCCUGGUUUUUGUUAAUACAAUGCCCCAAGACUCUGGCCUUGUAAUUUUCCUUGUAGGCAGAUCCAAGACUUCCUCUCAGCUGAGAGUGAAAGCGGCCAGACACUGUCCUCCCAGUUGUCCAGUGGGUGUGCAGAUCAACACAGAGCGGGCUAAUGCUGCUCUUCUUUCAUGGGUUCCUGCUCAGGACUCGCGAAAGAACCCUCCAUCUGGAUAUGUGCUUGAGCGACAAGAAGUGGGCACUGGCUCACAGGAGUGGCUACAGUGCCUGACCACUGAUUCUGCAACUUCUGUGGAGAUCCUUGGUGACAGCGUACCAUGUGAAGCUGAUUAUCGAUUUCGAAUUUGCAGUGUCAACAAAUACGGAAAGAGCAACAAUGUUGAGUUCCCUAGAGCUGUUCAUUUGGUUCCAGUUGCCAGAAUACAGGCUCCCUUACAGGAUGCCUUAGUGCCAGAGGGGCAAGAUGCCCUCUUCUCUAUUGAACUCUCUGCUUCAGUUAUUGGUACAUGGUUCUUAAAUGGUACUCAACUUCAGGAUGAUGAACGUUAUUCCAUGCGUCGGUCACGAACACACCAAUCUCUUCGCAUUCGCGGAGUACGUGAUACAGACAAUGGAGCUGAGAUCACAUUUAUUGCCUAUGGCAUCCGGGAUUCUGCAGCACUGUACAUUCAAGCUCCUCUUGUCAAGUUUUCAUCACUGUCAGAGAUGGAUCGAAACAAAUUUGUAGAAAUUGGGAACCCCAUUGUUCUCUACUGCGAGCUGUCAGACCCUGCAGCUCCAGUGCACUGGUACAAGAACGGGGUGGAAUUACAAACAGUGGAUGGUCUUCAUAUCCAAUCAGAGGGUACCAUGAGAAGAAUUGUCAUCCAAUCAGCAGAAUUCUCGCAUUCAGGAGUGUAUUGCUGUGAUGCCAUUGAUGACGUCAUCAGGUUCAAUGUGGAAGUAGAGGCUCCACCUGUGAGAAUUGCAACACUUUACGAGACUGAGAGGAACAAGUCUGUUGAAGUUGGUGAACCCAUAGUGCUGCAAUGUGAGAUAUCAGAUCCUAACGCCCAAGUUACUUGGUACAAGGAUGGAAUAAAACUACAUGAAGCAGUUGGGCAAGACAUGCUGGCAGAGGGUUCCAUAAGAACGCUGGCUUUCCAGUCGGCGAUGCUGUCUCAUGCAGGGAUUUACAGCUGCAAGACAACAGAUGAUGCUAUGCAGUUUCAUGUGGAUGUUAAAGCUCCACUUGUGAAGUUUUCAGCUUUAUCUGAGGCUGACCAGAAAAAGGCGGUCAUGGCCGGCUGUCCCAUUGCUCUACAAUGUGAGCUGUCAGACCCCACUGGACAAGUCAGUUGGUACAAGGAUGGAACAAAGCUCCUGCCUCAAAAUGGAGUAGACAUCCAGUCCGAGGGAAAUUUGAGGAGUCUAGUUAUCCCGUCAGCAGAGCGGGCUCACACUGGCAUGUACCGUUGUGAGUCAAAGGAUGAUGACAUCCAGUUCGCUGUGGAAGUAAAAGCACUACCUGUGAAGUUCUCAGAGCUUCAAGAGACUGACAGGAACAAGUUCGUCCAAGAAGGCUCUCCCGUUGUCCUUAGCUGUGAACUCUCUCAUGAUCCUUCUGCUCAUGUCGACUGGUUCAAGGAUGGAAUGAAACUCCUACCACAAAACAAUAUGGAAAUACAGUCAGAUGGCCUAACAAGGACACUACUCAUCCAUUCAGCUGAAAACAUAAAUGCUGGCACCUAUGCAUGCUCAACAUCAGAUGACACCAUCACAUUUAAAGUGGACGUAAAAGGCCGAUCGCCACAGAUCAUGCCAAUGCCACUGUCUGAAAAACACAAGAUCAUUGCAAUUGGUUGUCCAAUUAUCCUGCAGUGUGAGGUCUCAGAUCCUGUUGCCCAGGUUUCCUGGUUUAAAGAUGACGUGGAGCUUUUUUGCAAAACUGGCCUAGAUAUGAAAAGAGACGGCAGCCUGAGAAAAUUAAUGAUUCAUUCUGCUAAGGUCUCUGACUCUGGCCUCUACAGCUGUAGCCUUGCUGAUGAUGUUGUGACAUUCCAUGUGGACGUCGAAGAGCCACCAGUAACAUUUGCUGAUAUCCCAGAAGAGGACCUUUUCAAGAGUGUUGUGGAACAAGAACCGCUUGUUCUCGUCUGUGAAGUAUCAAGGGCUGAUGGUGUUGUCCAGUGGUACAAAGAUGGAACUGAGAUGCAACCAAGAAAUAAUAUCACAAUGAAGGAAGAAGGCACCAAAAGGAAUCUGACAAUUCAUUCUGCCCAACUGUCCGACACAGGCACAUACACAUGCCGUGCAGGAGACAAUGUUUUAAUGUUCAAGGUUAACAUAAGAGAACCUCCGGUGAUGAUAAUCUACCCGAAGGAGGAUGUCCACCUUGAUCGUCACGUCCCUGAGGAAAUUAUUCUGAGUUGUGAAUUGUCUCGUCCCAACGGUGCUGUCAGCUGGUACAAAGAUGGUCAAAAGCUGCAGGAGAGUGAGAACAUCAAGCUGAAGAUUGAAGGCCCCUAUCGACGACUGAAGAUUCUUUCUAGUGGAGUCGAAGAUUCUGGAGAAUACGUCUGUGAUACGGCUGACGAUUCAAUAUUCUUUCACCUCAGUAUUACAGAACCUCCAGUGCUGAUUGUGUCUCCAAGUCAAUCCCAAAUGGAACUUUGCCAGCAGACCUCUGAGAGGAUGGUACUGAGCUGUGAGAUCUCACGGCCCAAUGCAGUGGUGCGUUGGUAUCGAGACGGACUCGAAGUGGAGGAGAAUGACAACCUUAUUCUGGAGGUGGAUGGUGUCUACAGAAGACUUAUUAUACCUGAAACUACUGUCAGAGAUUCCGCCGAAUACGUCUGUGAUACUGCGGAUGACUCCAUGACAUUCUUCGUAAACAUAGCAGAGCCUCCUGUUCGCUUCAUACGGCCAAGGAAGAUGGCAAGUAGAGUAGAGAAACUGGUUGGGGAGACUCUGGUUCUAGACUGUGAGGUUUCAAGAUCAAAUGCUGAGGUCACCUGGAAGAAGAAUGGGGAAGAAGUAGAAGACUCCAGAAAUAUCACCAUCCUUGAGGAUGGUGUCAUGCGUCAGUUAACCAUUCACUCACUAACCGUGGAAUGUUCUGGGCAAUAUGUCUGUGAUGCAAAGGAUGAUGUGAUGGAUUUCCAUAUUAACGUGCAAGAUUUGCCUGUAAAGAUUCUUGGAAAAACAGCCGCAAAAACAGAAAAGCAGUUCUUAGUUUCAGAUGACAUUAUUCUAGUAUGUGAACUAUCAAGAUCCAACGCUUCAGUCAGUUGGUACAAAGAUAAUCAGCUAAUUGAUGACACUGAGCGAUACUGUAGCGAGGAGCAAGGCGUUUUCCGAUCACUGGUAGUCCUAAAUGCUGGGCUCGAAGAUUCCGGAGAGUACACCUGUGAUGCUGUGGAUGAUAAGAUGGUCUUCUAUAUCACUGUCAAAGAGCCUCCGGUACAGAUCAUUGGAAACUCCGGUCAUCCGGAGCAUCAUAUCCUGGUAGCUGGAGAUGACCUUAUAUUAGAGUGUGAGGUGUCUCGGCCAAACGCCACCGUUCAGUGGCUAUGGGAUGGCAAAGUACUGAAACCAGACACUCGUAUAAAAAUUGACAGCUACGACGUUGUGAGGAAGCUUGUUCUCUCUGGACUCCAGCCCUCAGACUCUGGAAAAUACAUUUGCGAUGCCAUUGAUGACAAAUUGGUAACAAUUGUUGAGGUUCAAGAGCCACCAGCCAAGUUUGUGAAUAAAAUAGCAAAUAACAACAUCUCAGGCUAUGAAAAUGGGAGUGUUACACUGUGUGCCAUUGUGAGCCGAGAAAGAGCUAAUGUUCGGUGGCUGAAAGAUGGCCAACUAUUGAACGGGGACAACAUUCACAUAUCCAGUGAGGGUAAUACCCACAAGCUCACCAUUAAUCCCCUGCAGCUGUCAGAUUCUGGAGAAUAUGUCUGUGAUGCAAACACAGAUGAGAUGUAUUUCAGUCUUUUAGUCAAAGAAAUGACGGUGAAAUUUAUCAGACCAUUGGAGAACAUUGUGUCUCUGAAAGGCAGCAGCCUUAUGUUACGUUGUGAGAUCAACAAGCCCAAAGGAGAUGUCCAGUGGCUAAAAGAUGGCAAAGAGGUCUCUCCAAGCCGUCGGCACACGAUAAGGGCACAAGGUCGAGAGCGAAGCUUUACUAUCCACCAACUGCUGGAAGAAGAUGCUGGAGAAUAUGCUUGUGAAUCCACAGAUGACAGGACCUCAGCUACUGUCACUGUAGAAACUCCCCGUGUAUUCGAGUUCAUAGCGGAGCUUCGUAACAUCACUGUCUGUGAGGGAGAAGAUGCUAUAUUUAAGUGCGUGGUUUCACCAGAGGACACUCAGUUGGUGUGGCGCUUAAAUGGAAAGCAAGCAGCUCUGAAUGAGCGCGCUGUCAUUUCAAGCAACGGACUAUGCCACAUGCUCUGCAUCCACAACUGCAUGGUUUCAGAUAGCGGCAGAGUGACAGCUGAUGCAGAGGGGUUGGUAUCAGAGGCAGAACUCCAGGUUCAAGAGCAACAGGUGUUGUUCACCAAGAAAAUGACACCAUUUGUAGCUGAGGAGUACAGUGAGGCAACUCUAGAGGUGGAGGUGAGUCUAGAUUCGGGAGAGGUGCAGUGGAUGAGGCAAGGGAUGCUGAUCCACCCUGGAGCCAAGUAUACUGUGAAACACAAGGGCCGAAAACACAGUCUCACCAUCCACAAACUGGCCAUGUCUGACCGGGGCACCUACAGCUGUGAAACCCUCCAUGACCGCACGCAAGCCCAGCUCACAGUGGAACCUCGAAAAAUCACAAUCAAGAGAGGGCUGACUGACGUAAAAACCACAGAGAGAGAAACGACGUCUUUUGAGGUGGAGCUCUCCCAUCCCAAUGUCCCUGGCACCUGGAAGAGGAACGGAAUCCAGCUUAAGCCGACAAAUCACUUCCGUAUGAGUGCCAAAGGAGAAGUCCACAGCCUCACUAUCUCUAACCUCUCAGUAGAAGACACUGGCACCUUUAUGUUCUGUGUAGAGAAUUUGAAGACGUCUGCAAGGCUUGUUGUGAAGGAGCCCCCAGUGACAAUUUUCAGAAAACUGGAAGACCAGAAAGUACCUGACGGGGCGGUAAUCUCCAUAGAGUGUGAGCUAUCAAGACAUAAUGUUGAUGUGAAAUGGAUGAAGGAUGGGGUUGAGGUGAAGCCAGGCAAGGACUUGCGCAUUUAUGCAAUGGGAAGGAAGCGUUUUCUUCAGAUCAUGAAAUGUCGCGUCAGUGAUUCUGGCAUAUACACCUGCGAUGCCGGAGAUGUUACUACAUCCUGCACUGUGGAGGUCUAUGAGCGUGAGCUGCUCACCCUGCAGGGCCUCCAGGACCUGGACAUCCAGGAAGAUCAGAAUGCUGUGUUUGUUUGUGAGCUCUCAGUGGAGGAUGUACAGGGAGAAUGGUACAGAAAUGGGGAGAGGAUACAACCCACCAGCACCAUCAAGAUCCGCCAGGAAGGCACCAAACAUUUUCUUCUGAUGUGCAAUGUGCGAGCAGAGGACUCUGGAGAGAUCAAGUUCGUCGCCAGACAUGUUGAAUCAGUCGCUUACCUGGAGGUGGAAGAGCUCCCUGUCAACAUUGUGAAACCUCUGCAGGAUAAGACCGCCCUUGAGAAGAGCCGUGUGAUCCUCGACUGCACUGUGUCUAACCCCAGAUGUAGUAUCCGCUGGUACAAAGGCAGCAAUGUCAUCCUGCCCUCCGAGCGCUUUGAGAUCUGCAGUGAAGGCUGUUACCGCAAACUGAUCCUCCAGCAGGUGGCGCUAGACGAUGAGGGCAUGUACAGUGUGCAGGUUGGAGAGUAUACAUGCUCUGCAAAACUGACAGUGGAGGCCCAGUCGGUGUUAAUGGUCAGAGAACUGAAGGAUGUGGAAGUCAUGGCCCCUGAUGAAGCCUGCUUCGAAUGUGAGGUCUCGGCCCCUGUCGUCAAAUCUCCUGUGUGGAGUAUGAAUGGGGAGCCCUUAGAGCCGAGCUCUCAGGUUUGCCUGGAGAGGGUGGGCACAGUCCACAGGCUGACCCUCAGACAAACCUCCCCGGACAUGAAUGGAGUGGUGGAGUUCACCGUGGGGAAAGCAAAAAGCAGAGCCCAGCUUCGGGUGCUGAGUGAUCCAUGAGUGACGUCUUCUUCAUCUGUCGUCGGCUCAUUUAAACGGAUGGAUUAUUAAACUGAUGCUUUUAAGUUCGCAUUGCUUAUGUAUUUACAAACGGUAUGUCUCAAAAAAUGGUUUAAACAGGGUUUUGAUGGAUUUUCAUGCAGUUCAGUAAAUCCAGGGAGUUGGUUUUCCUUCAGCAACUUGCAUUUGAGGAACUAAAAUUCUGUUCAUAUAAAAUGUGUCAUAGUCAGUGUGUUAAUAAAUGUUAAGGGAUUCCUUUAUCAUAAUACAAAUUGCAGUUUGGAUGUAAAUAAUGUCCUGUGUGCACAGAUCCGACAGUAACUGUGUUAUGGAAAUUUAAACUGAAUGUGUAUCAGUGACAAUAAAAAUCUGAUUUGAAUACUGUAAAGAUCAAAUGACUUCACUAGUGGGAAGUAUGGUUGUUCAUGAAACAAUAUUAUGUGAGUUCAGAGUUUUACACACAGCAGUUUGAAUGCAAUCCAGCCCCAAUGCAAGUCAGGAAAAAAUAAACAAAAAAAACAAAUAGAUGCCAUCUUGGUCGUUUGUAAAAUUCUGUUCCCCGUGUUCGAAACAGUGGCCUGCUGGUGAUUUUGUCUAUUCAGAUAAGUUUAAGAAUGAAUGAAAGCAAAAUACAUUUGUGAAUCUUUAACCAGCACCAUGUGUAAUUGCGCAGUUUUUUCUGCAGUACCACUUGACUUGCUCAGUGUAAUUUCCCCGUGUAUCAGAGCAUGGGUUUGUGUUGUGACAGCGAGCAUUCUCUGACAGCAGCAGAUAUUACCAUAAAGAAAAUGCAAUGUUAGUUUCCAGUUGAAAAUGGCCAUGUAGCCAUCUCACAUUUGCAUUUUGCUUCAGGCUUUGAAGAUGAUCUUCUAAGCAACAGUUAAGUAAUUCAUUACAUUUAACAAUUCAUGUCUGUUUUCAUCAUUUGUCCAUUGUAUAGACUUUUUUUUUAUGGUGAAACCUGAAGUUCAAGUUUGAAUGAAGAGAGUUCUGUCUUGCAGCAAGGGGCUUGUAAUGUAAAUACACUGGGCCAAAAAUCAGGUAAUUGAGGAAAGAAAUAGGUAAAUAAUUACUUGAUCACCUUGAUUGAUAAAUCAGGGCAUGCUAGUGUUAUUGUUGAGUGGGUGUUAUGUUUGAACUUAAAGAAGAAUGAUAGUUACUUUCAUAUGAAAUUUGUUCCAUAUUCCAUUUUUCCAUUUGACUUGUUUCCACCUCUGCCAUGUUGUGUUGAGCGUUAGGUAUGUGAAAAAAAAAAAAAGUACUGUAGUGAAAUAUGACCUGUUUCAA